UAGCCUAGCCAUAAUAUAGCCGCCAUCUUCUAACCUACUCAGCUGUAGUAGUAAUCUUUGUCAUAAACAAAGCUGAAUGAAACUCUUAUGUAGGAACAACUCAUCACUUCUUCCGUUUGCGAGAAAUUGUCUUUAUCUUCCUUCAGUUUUUGUACAAAAAAAAUGGGAGAGCUGUGGCAGGGAAAUUAGCACUGACGAGGUCUCUAGAAGAGCCUCUGCCUCUUCUUCUCGUGGCAAGUUUAACUUGGUUGGUCCUCGACAUCACGGCUCAAACAUACGAAAGAUAAUCUUCGCAAAAUUGAAAAACGAAUCAAUCAAAGAGAGAUACUUCAGAGAACAACAGCAAGAAUUAAACACUUGGAAUCAGAAUUUUUGGGGGAAACAAAAUGAAAAAUUCAAUAAGUCAAAAAAGGCCUUUCUCCAAUUACGACCAAGAAAUCUGGAAACAGACACAAAUAAGGAGUUAGCUGAUGAGUUGUCAAAAUUUUAUCGGGAUUUCUUGGAUGGCAACUACAAUGUGCAUUCUCAAUAUCUCAGAGACUGGUACAGGAGAAAUUUCCAUCUGUUAUGGACAGGGAUACAAGUGUCAGUGUUUAGGAUACUGAGCAAAAUCAUGCCAAAGAGGUCAAGAUAAUUGAUGUGCAUUUGAAAGUUAAUGUGACUGUAUGAUUUGUGCUGACUAUCAGAUGGAUGAACAACACAUUUUUGUAAAUAGCACAAACCUAAGGGCAUUGAAAAGGUUUUAAAAUGUACAAUGGAUAGUACUUUGACUGAGAAAAGGGAUGUAGGCAUGGAAAGGACAAGAAAAUUAUUUUGACAUUGCAGGAAGGUUUUAUUUUAAUUAUUUUUUUGCAAAUAUUGUGAAGUGAAUAAUAUUCUUCUUGAACAGAGUAUUGAUGAACUUUGUACAGUGUUUUGAGAUUUAAAUGUGCUGGCAUAUUAUCAUCUCCCUAGGUGAGAUUUAAUGUGAUUAUUUA